CUGCCACACUCCCCUAAAUCCGAUCCCUGUCCAGCCUCCCACCCUCCCUGCUACUUCAUUACUCCACACUUCAGUUCUCACUUCUGACUCUCCGUUCACCUUUCUCUAGGUUGCAGCAAUGCCGUCACCAGAGCCCCCAUGCUUUCUCAUUCUACUCCCUCUCUUCUUUUUCUUCUUCUUCUCUACCAUCACCUCCUCUCUCUCACCGGCCAUCUCCCCCGCCAAAUCCCCCCCAGCCCCAGCCCCAACCUCAACCUCACCGUCUUCUUCUUCCUCAACCCUUGAUCCCAAGCAGUUGAGAGCCCUCCAGUCCCUGGACAUUCCCACUUCCAGAGACCCCUGCUCCGCAGCCGCCCUCCACAGCGCCACCGCCUGCGACGCCGCCAAGCCCUUCCGCCACCUCCUCCUCCUCCGCCUCGCCAACUGCUCCGACGACCUCGACGUCUCUAUCACCGCCCUCAAGUCCCUCUCCACCUUAAAGGACUUGCAGUUCAUCCGCUGCCCUGUUCCCCCCGUCCGCUUCCCCCCCGAUCUCGUCUCCUCCCUCCGCUCCUUCACCUGCAUUAAAAGCCUCCGGAAGCUCACCGGCGUUUGGCUCGGCCGAUUGCAGAACCUCACCGAUCUGACGGUCUCCGACGUCCCCGUCAAUGCCAGCGGUCCCACCAUUAUCAUCGGAAACAUGAAGAAGCUCAGGACGGUAACUAUUUCCCGCACGAAUCUCACCGGCAAUCUUCCCAAAAAGUGGCAUUUGAACCUUACCCACGUCGAUUUUUCUGGCAAUAAGCUGAAAGGAAAGAUACACAGUUCAUUAACUCGCCUGGAGGAUCUUCAAUUCUUGAAUCUUUCUUCAAAUUCGUUAACAGGGGAGAUGCCCACCUCACUCGGGGACUUACUGUCUCUUCAAAACUUGUCUUUCGCAUCAAAUUCGUUGUCUGGGCCAAUUCCGGAUUCAAUAUCGGCGAUUCCAUCUCUGGUUCACCUCGAUCUGAGCUCAAACCAGCUCAACGGGACGAUCCCGAAGUUCCUUUCCAAGAUGAAGAAAUUGAAGUAUCUCAAUCUCGAGAAGAAUAACUUCCACGGCGUGAUGCCGUUCAACGGGUCCUUCAUAAAGAGGCUGGUUGUGUUCAAAGUGGGUGGGAACAGCAAUUUGUGUUACAACCGUUCAACCGCGUUAUCUAAGUUGAAGCUCGGGAUUGCUUCCUGUGACAAGGACGGACUGCCGGUUUCGCCGCCGCCUGCGAAAGACAAUUCCUCCGGAGAUGAUGGUGAGAGCAGCAACGACACAGGGUAUGAAGAUGACAACGGAGAUGAAAAUCACAACGGAGAGCAUCAUCACGGGCCACGUAAGAUUGUGCUAGGAGUGACGAUUGGGCUUUCAGCCAUGGUUUUUCUAAUUGUUUUCUUGGUUCUUCUGUCGAAACGGUGCGGAUGAAGGAAAGAGCUGUUGGGUUUCCUAGCUUUAGGACAAAACAGCAAUUGGAAAUUAUUUUUUUGCUUGAUUUAUUGUAAAUUUACUUAAAUUCUUGAUUAUGAAGAGAAGAUGUAGAGAGAAGAGAGAUUAAAAUGGUGUGAUUCUUUUCAUUACUUUGAUUAUUUAUUGAAGGGGUGGAGUUGCCAUUGAGGGGAAAGUGGUUGAUGGGUUGUCCUGAAAUAUGCAUUUCUUUUUUAUUAAGCUACAAGGAUGGCUUUACUCCGUUAUGACAUUCUUCAUAGUAACAGCGUUUGUGUGCGCUGUUCAUGUGGCAUGAUGUGUUAUUAUAUUGUUUUGUCGUCGUCUACCCAUGCCUGGGACAUCAUAAAACCUCAACUCUGAAGUUACUUGAACA